AUGUUGGACUAUGCCGCUAAGCUUCAAGCAGAUACUGGAGCAAUGCAAUUUCCAUUGCAAGGAGGAGAGGUGUUCAAAAAGUUGUGCUCUAUUUUUGCAGACUUUAAGACCUGUGUUUCGCACAUCACCUGCGACUCACUUUCGGUAGAUGCCGUCGAUGCCAGUUAUGGUUAUAUGUGUGGAGCUGGGCAGCCGCUAUUUGAACAACAUGCUGCUUGUUUUGCCAGGGUCGAAGUUGAAAAGUCCUACAUCAGCUGUAAAUCUGCGGCAACACAGGCAAUAACCGAAGCGCAGGAGACAAAGGUGAGCAGUUGGAGAUUGCAAUCCGGUUCAACGGAAGCAUACUUGGCGGAGAUGUGUCGAGCAAUGGACGGGUAUCUUCGA